AUUCUAUUGAAUGUCACAAAUAUCACUUAACCUACAAGGGAUUGUACAUUGUGAAGUAUAAUCAACAAUAUAGAUUACACUUUGCACAUAUCGAAUUUUUAAAAAACCUGAACACAGAACAAUACAAUUUUUUUAAACAAAAAAUCUCCUCUUACAAAAUCACAUUUGGGAAAACCACACAGAUUGGUACUAGAAACAGAAUUUAAGAAAAUCAAGGACCACUAAACAUUUUAAACAACUCAUGGCCUUUAUAAUGUAAAGAUUUUAGACCGUUAAUAAAGCUUUUACCAGUAAAAUACGAAUCGACACUUUGGUGUCGAUCGCACUUUGGAAGUUACGUGAUCAACACCAAAUGGGUCAGUCAAUGCCUCUAUAGGGCUAAUUAUUAUCUCACUAGGGUUAAUAAUUUAGUGAGAUAAUAAUUCUCAGAUAGUUCCUAUUCUGAAGUAGCCUUACAACAUUAUAAUGGCUUCUUAUUUUUUACUGGUUGCAUAAUCCAAUGUCUUUUCUAGCAACAGCUUAAAUCUUUUUCCCCUUUUCACGGAUAAUAUUGCUUCUUUUUGCAGUGUGCUGGGUUGUUUAUUUUCGAAGUCCAACCUAAAUGUACCUAUUGAAAUAAAACUGAAAUUUUCUUAAAUAUUUGCAUUUCUUGCACAUAUCCCUCAAGAAAGGAAAAGUCUAUAAUAAAUCUGUCCAAAGAUAAGAUAAAGGGAAUUAUGAUGGAUAUUCUCUCACUGUGAUGAUGAUAUGUUAAGUGUAACUUACAAAAUACUAACAUGGAAGAAGUGAGGUAUGAUUUUACUGUUAAAACUUCAAGGCGGAAUUUGUACUUGGCUGUCCUUAUUGCAUACCUCGGCCCUGUAGCCACAGGGUUUGUGCUGGGCUGGAGUUCUCCCUAUCUGGUGCAGCUGGAAGCUCCAAAUUCUGAGUUUCCGGUGACUAAGAGCCAGGGUGCAUGGCUAGCCUCUCUGCUCCCUCUGGGAACUGUGUUCGGGCCCUUUGUCUGCGGCUGGCUGCUGGACUCCGUGGGUCGCAGGCAGACAAUUCUGCUCUAUCUGCUAAUGAUUCUGGCAGGAUGGGGGCUGAUGUCUACCUGGUCCAUCUGGCUGAUGUACCUUGGGAGACUGCUGAGUGGCAUCGCAUAUGGCAUCUCUAUUGCAGUUACUUCCAUUUACAUUGGAGAGAUAUCUGAGAAUUCAGUUAGAGCCAUGUUGAACACCAUGUUCCCAAUAUUCAGCAGGACACCACUUCUUAUAUCUUACACAUUAGGACCCCAAAUACCUUACCACGGCUUCAUCUUCUUAUCCUGCUUGCCAGUCAUCCUCUUCUUACUGAUGUACAACAAGAUGCCGGAGACUCCUCACUUCUUGCUGCUAAAGAACAGAGAAGACGAGGCGACCGAGGCACUGUCAUGCCUUCGUCAACUCCCAGAAGCUUUCAUUUCUAAGGAAAUAAAUGAAAUCAGGGAAUCUCUAUCAAAGAAAAAGAAAGGUACUUGGAAAGAACUGUUUACAAAGAGAGGGAAUGUGAGAGCUGUAGUGAUUCUGAGUAGUCUACGAGCCUCCUGGCAGGCCUCGGGAGGAUCCACUAUCUUCCUCUACGCUCAGAUCAUCUUCCAACUAACUGAGAUAUCACUGAGGAGUGAUCUGUGUGCCUCGGUGCUGGCCGUAGUGUUGAUUGUGGGUUCACUCCUGUCCCCACCCAUAGUGCGACGCUGGGGAUACAAGCGUCCUCUCAUAGCUUCUACCCUGGGUUCUGCUGUCAGCAUGGUACCUAGACCUUUUAUACUGUAUGUUACUAUCAUACAAUAGGUUAGGUUAAUUGUUGAUUGUGGGUUCACUCCUGUCCCCACCCAUAGUGCGACGCUGGGGAUACAAGCGUCCUCUCAUAGCUUGGUUCUACCCUAGGUUCUGCUGUCAGCAUGGUACCUAGACCUUUUAUACUGUAUGUUACUAUCAUACAAUAGGUUAGGUUAAUUGUUGACUGUGGGUUCACUCCUGUCCCCACCCAUAGUGCGACGCUGGGGAUACAAGCGUCCUCUCAUAGCUUCUACCCUGGGUUCUGCUGUCAGCAUGGUACCUAGACCUUUUAUACUGUAUGUUACUAUCAUACAAUAGGUUAGGUUAAUUGUUGAUUGUGGGUUCACUCCUGUCCCCACCCAUAGUGCGACGCUGGGGAUACAAGCGUCCUCUCAUAGCUUGGUUCUACCCUGGGUUGUGCUGUCAGCAUGGUACCUAGACCUUUUAUACUGUAUGUUACUAUCAUACAAUAGGUUAGGUUAAUUGUUGAUUGUGGGUUCACUCCUGUCCCCACCCAUAGUGCUACGCUGGGCAUACAAGCGUCCUCUCAUAGCUUGGUUCUACCCUGGGUUCUGCUGUCUGCAUGGUACCUAGACCUUUUAUACUGUAUGUUACUAUCAUACAAUAGGUUAGGUUAAUUGU